AUGGACAAGAAGGCAGUGCACUUCGGCGCUGGGAACAUUGGCCGAGGCUUUGUGGCCUACUUCCUACACAAUUCGGGCUACGAAGUCCUUAACACUAAGAAAUCAUACAAAGUCAUCGAAGUUAGCAGCGAGGGGACCAGGGAAAUGAUCAUAACCAACUACAAAGCAAUCAACCCAAGAACGCACGAGAACGAUCUGAUCCGGGAGAUUAUGUCUGCUGAUGUGGUUACCUGCGCGAUCGGUAGGGACAAUCUUAAGUUUAUCGCGCCAAUUAUCGCCCGAGCUAUUGGUAUGCGAUCUAGCGACAAGAUCCCUGCCACAGAUGCCUUGGCGGCAAACAUUGAGCAUCCAAUCACUACAAAGAAACAUAGACUCGACGACCACUACAAGAGAGCAAGAUACUCAAACUGCGCCAUCGAUCGCAUCGUUCCAACUCAGCAUCCGGACGCAGAGCUUGAUGUCAAACUGGAGGAGUUCUAUGAAUGGGUUAUAGAUCGAAGCCCCUUUGCAGACGACGCUGUUCCAACGAUCAGUGGUGUUAGUAAAUACACUUCUGGUUUAACACAAUGGGUAUACACAGUCAAUACCGGACAUGCAGCAGCAGCCUACUAUGGCUUUAACCGCAACAAGAGAUUGGUUCAUGAUGCGUUGCAAGACCCCUUUAUACUCGAUCAGGUAAAGAAGGUGCUUAGCAAUACGAGCACUCUUAUCAUUGACAAGUACGGUAUCUCCAAGCAGGAUCAGGAGGAGGUUGGCCGCGCGCCUCUACGGAAGUUGGGCCGCACGGAGAGAUUUAUCCGGCCAUCGUCUGAAUUAGUCGAGAAAGGCUAUGACUGCUCGGCGCUGCUCGAUUCCGUUGAAAUGGCGCUCCGAUUCCAAAAUGCCCGGAUCAUUGCUCGCCAGACACCAGAGACAGUAGUGGCCGGAGUCUGUGGCUUACUACCAAGUGAGAUGUUAUAUCCUCAGGUUUUGGAGAUUGUCAAAAGGGUUCAAGCGGACAGACUGAUGGCAUAG